AUGGAAGCCGAAAGUCCUUACGAGGCUGUGACGGAAUCCCCCGAAUCCACGUCGGUGUGCGAGUACGACGCGGCGAUCGACGUUUUGGAGCAGGCGUUGUUUAGCGAGCAGUUCCAAGGAUUUCAACAGCGGUACUUCGACACCCAUUGCGACUGCUUCAGCGACUGCGAAGAAAACAAGCUCUGUUACAUGGAGAUUUUUCAGGACUACGUCAACCAGGUCGAGGAGUUCAUCGACGAAAAGCUACGGCAAAGCAUAAAGGCUUUUGACAUGAACCGCUUCGCGAUGUGGCUCGAGAACCACCGACAAGAAGUACAGGGCGACCUGCCAGAAAUCGUCGACUGUUUGACCGACUUCGUCUGCUUCAAAACAGCCAUGCUGGAGAAUAAGAAAAGUCGCCACCGAGAAUGCAACUUGAACGUUUCGAGCGGACGAAAGUGA